UGGUAAGAUGUGAGCACCCCUGGCAUAGGCCAAAAAAAUAAAAUAUCAGUCAGGGUAGUCCUAAAAAUGUUGCGAUUAAAAAAUGGUAUAGAAAGUUUUUGUGGCUUAAUUUAAAACAGGCAUAUGUUGUAGAGGGCACAGACACUGUGCAGUUAUAGGAAGAGAAGGGCCACAGCUCUGAAGAUCAGGAGAAUUUUGCCGUCCGAGCCAGUUACAAAGUGGCUCUGCCUUUUGCCAGUGCGUCACAGAUCUGAUUACAGGAUGAUGAGGUUCCCUUCAAUAAUUGAUUUGUGGGGCCGGCCUAGUAGGGAGGGAGACGGGCAGGCCCAGGCAUCGGCAAGCCAUUUGAGCGAGGCACGACCAACCUGUUGAGAAGAGAGAGAGAGAGAGAGUGUGUGUUUUCCGUCCCUCCCCUCUCUCGCCUGCUCUUGCAAGCUCCCCAUUCAUCUGCGCUGUGUGCUUGCAAUGACAGCCCUCUUUUGUGUCAGGGUAAUUUGUUUAUCUACUGCGUGCAGCUCCCACUGCUUCCUCUUUUCUCUACUGCUUCCCUCCGGUCCUGUCUGCCUCUCCUUCUCUCUCUCUAAAAUCUGCUUCUCAUGCUAGAGGCCUAUACAUGGCAACUCGUAUUGACUCUACCGCCUGCCUCACUGAGCACCCUGCUGAGCACCCUGCUGGCCCGCGGCUCAUCUUGCUGCCACCCCUGAUGCCGCUGCUGCCUUUUUGCCAUAGUCUUCUCCAGCCUCUCGUCUGAAGCAGUGCCCAGCUUAUGAAAGCGGGGAUCUGACGAACUUCUUUCUUCUGGUAUCGUUAACGGGCCUUUUACCAUGAGCCAUUCCACUCCAGCUACAGCUAAUGGGAACGACAGCAAAAAGUUUAAAGGAGACCGUUCCCCCUGUUCUCCAUCAAGAGUCCUACACAUCAGAAAAAUUCCAAAUGAUGUCACGGAGUCCGAGAUCAUCUCUUUAGGUCUACCUUUUGGCAAAGUUACCAAUCUUUUAAUGUUAAAAGGAAAAAGCCAGGCCUUUUUAGAGAUGGCAUCUGAAGAAGCAGCUGUCAGUAUGGUGAAUUACUACACCCCUAUUCCCCCUCAUGUCCGCAGCCAGCCUGUGUAUAUUCAGUUUUCAAAUCACAGAGAACUGAAAACAGACAACCUCCCUAAUCAAGCUAGAGCACAUGCUGCAUUGCAGGCUGUGAAUGCUGUCCAGUCCAGUGGUCUGACACUUGCAAGUGUACAUGGAAGUGAAGGUUUGGUCCUUCCAGGACAGAGUCCAGUCCUCAGAAUAAUUGUGGAAAAUCUAUUUUAUCCAGUCACAUUGGAAGUCCUGCAUCAGAUCUUUUCAAAGUUUGGAACUGUACUCAAGAUCAUCACAUUUACUAAGAACAACCAGUUCCAAGCUUUGCUUCAGUAUGCUGAUCCGAUGAAUGCACAUCACGCCAAAGUGGCUCUAGACGGACAGAAUAUAUAUAAUGCAUGCUGCACUCUGCGCAUUGAAUAUUCCAAGUUGACAAGCCUUAAUGUCAAAUACAACAAUGACAAGAGCAGAGAUUUCACACGUCUUGAUCUACCUACUGGAGAUGGACAGCCUUCUCUCGAUACCACAAUGGCUGCAGCAUUUGGUGCUCCAGGGAUUAUGUCCUCCCCAUAUGCAGGGUUUGCACCGGCUAUUGGCUUUCCUCAGGCAGGACUUUCAAUUCCAGGUGUACCAGGACUUGGACCUCUUGCUCUUACCACUUCUGCCAUCACUGGGCGUAUGGCCAUCCCUGGCAUGACUGUAAUUCCAGGUCAUUCUGUCUUGUUGGUUAGCAACUUAAACCCUGAUGCUAUUUUACCUCAUGGGCUGUUUAUCUUGUUUGGAGUGUAUGGAGAUGUCCAGCGUGUGAAAAUAUUAUUCAACAAAAAAGAAAUUGCAUUGGUGCAGAUGGCGGAUGCAACCCAAGCACAACUUGCCAUGAGUCAUCUAAACGGACAAAGACUUCAUGGAAGAGUUCUUCGCAUUACCCUCUCAAAGCACCAGUCCGUUCAGCUUCCUCGGGAGGGACAUGAGGACCAGGGUCUAACUAAGGAUUACACGAACAGCCCACUUCACCGUUUUAAGAAGCCUGGCUCAAAGAAUUUCCAAAAUAUCUUUCCCCCCUCUGCGACGCUGCAUCUCUCCAACAUUCCGCCUUUAGUCACUGAUGAAGACCUUAAAAUACUAUUUGCUAGUACUGGAUGCACAGUGAAGGGUUUCAAAUUUUUCCAAAAAGAUAGAAAGAUGGCUCUCAUUCAACUUGGAUCUGUGGAAGAAGCCAUCUUGGCUUUAAUAGAACUACAUAACCAUGACCUGGGAGAGAACCACCACCUACGUGUCUCUUUCUCGAAAUCGAUGAUCUGAAUUUCAUUUUGGCAACUUUGACCCUACAUUUACACACUCACCUUUUUAGACUGGAACACUGUUUCAGCAAAAGCCCUAAGACAAAGGCUAAAGAUGCUAGGCCAAUGCUGCCUCUUAUUACUGAACUUCUGUAACAAGGAGAAAACCGUACACAUGUAAACACUGACUAAACAAUGCAGAAACCUCAAGACAUGAAAUAAUCUACUUGCUACCAGUGAAAACUGUAAAUUCUAUGAAAAAUCACCAAUCUCCAAAACACAUUUUUUUUCUCAUUUGCUUACUCUUAAAUGACCUGUUCAUUUUUUGUUCCACUAUAGCUUUAUGCAACAUCUAUAUGACAAUCACCCAGAUGUUAAGUUUUGAUAGUUGGAUGGCAGUGAGAUUGUCACAGCCUUCUUUCAUCUUCUUUUUAAAUUAUUUCCAGAUGCUUCUGGCCUCUGACUUCAUCCGUAUAAAAUUAUACAAUGGUGUUUCUACCAAAUCUGUCCCCAUGAGAGCAUUGUGAAUGUAUACCUGGAUAAUUUGAUUUAAUCCGAUUUUAUUAAAUAUAUUGCCUUCUAGGGGUUUUAUCAUAAUGCUCACUACACUAAUGAAUGUAGUUUGGCGAAAAUGUAUCUUAAUACUUUUUUGAUAAUAUUUGGUCUGUGAACCAAUCUUCAAAUGAAAUGGUGCUUGCAGAAAUACAAUUAUAUAAAAAAAUAUUUUUUAUGCCGGUUCUGGCAUAUAUUUUUUUUUCUGUGUAAAUCAACAGAUUUUUUUUUUCAUUUUAAGAUUGCUCUCAUAUCAUGAGCACAUCUUUGUCUAAGGAUAAUUUAUUAUGUUGAAACUAAGAUAACUGAUAAAUCUGAAAUGUAAAGGCAGCGUUGCCUACGUGUAUAAUUUGAAAGCAGUACAAACCUUAAUAUUUUGUUGUGUAACACUGGUUUUGGAACAAAAUGAGUAGGCCACUUUGUGAAGAAAAUCAUGAUUUUUAUUUUCAGUUUUUUUAAGAAGUUUACAGUCUUGAGGAAACUAUUCAGGUCUAUCAUUUGAUUUGAUGGAUUUUUAAAAAUUAUUUUUGGUAACGUUAAAAAAAAAAAAAAAGACAUAAACCUCAAGGUUUUUUGUACCACUAUAGUAACACAAUACUUUAAAUAAUAUUUACUGUGUACUUAAUUUACUUAUGUGCCUUAUAAUGUGCUUAUAAUGAAUAAUAGGUUAGAUUAUUUUCUUAAGUAUCUCUAAAAACUGUAUUGUGGGCUUGGUGAGAGAGAUUAUUUCUAUUCUUUGUUUCCUUGUACUAAAUGUUGUGUGUUCAGUUUAUUUUCUUGUUUAAAGUCUGAAAUGCUUAUUUGCUUUUCUAGCAGAUGACAUGUGCCUGCAAAUGGACUAUAACCCUGCACAUAGUCUGCUGGAUUUUUGUUUUUCCAGGUCCAGUUUAAUAACCACCAAGUAAAAAACUGUGUGAAAACAGAAGCUUGUGUAGGCUUUAAAUGAAUGUUAAGUUUUCCUGCACAAGCCUCAUGACAUAAUAGAAUUUGACUGAUAACAUUUUUGACUGUAUGAUAGAAACCCGUGCAUUUGUGAUUUUCAUUGUCUGAGGCUGAUCUAUGUGCAUACCAGCUUUAUACAAAUGGCACACAUUACAUAGUUUUGUUGUAGUAUCAAAUUAAUCUAAUAUAACUAAAACGUACAGGCGGACCCCAACAGUUAUCUGUAUGGCUCUAUUAGAAUAUCUCAGGAUACCUUGAAUAUGCUUUCUCCUUCUUUGCUUACUUACACAGUACAAAAUGCAAAAUUACAAAACAUAUCUUCACGAAUGUCUGUAAAUCAGCACUGAGUAUCAGCAUCUGCUGCUGUUUGCAAGAAUAUGUAGAGGUGUUUAAGGUUAUGAGAUUAGUUUUUAGCUGGUCUAAGUACAAACGGUGGAAUUAAUCAAGUUCCCAAUAUAAGGACUUAUUUUCACAGCACUGAAUAUGGUUUGUCAAAUAAAGUGUUUAACUUUUCCACUCCAAAUUAUUAUAGAAGGCAAAAAGUUCACAAGCCCUAAUUUCUUUAGUAUUUUUUUUCUUAUUUAUGGACCAACGAUGAGAAUUUUACGUAACUUUAAAAAGAAAAAAUUGAACAAGCUAAAUUUCUAUGUGAACAAAAACCAAAAUGUUGCAUGUUAAGGGUUGAUAAAUACAUAAGCAUUAUUAUGAAAGUGUUAUACAAUAAAAGUGGGUGGGAUAAUUAUAGCUCAGUGUGUAUUUUAUCUGACCCUGUAAUAAAACUUUACUUUGUGUAGUGUUGUAUGUUAAUACUAUUUAGAUCUCAGGUAACAUUACAAAAAUGCAGAAAAGGUUUUCCGCCACAUCUGAAAACACCCCCUUGAAAUGUAAAUAGUGUAAUUUUUAUUUUGUAGCUGGUUCUUUUUAUGUGACCAACUAUAAUUAGACAUGGGGGAAACUUGAUCAAUUCCACCCAUGUAUUUUCCUGUUUGUUAUGGAAAAGUUAACUGAAUAUUUACUUUGCCCUUUUUACUUUAAUUCUAAACAUAUUUUAUUGAUUUCCCAUUGGAUUUUUUCUUUUACCCUUGUGCUUGAUAUUCAUUUGCAAUAAGAUAGAGAGGUGCUGGAAGAUGAGUAUUUUCCAUUCAUGGGCAUGUGCAAUUGUCCUCUGUUGCUGGUUGAUUGAAAAAUCAGUUCCGCAAAAGUAUCUUCCAGUGUCAGCAGUCAGGAGCCCCCUUUUUUCCUUUUUUUUUUUUCUUGCUGGAGGCCUACAGGACAGAUGUGAUUCAUCCAAGCAAUUUUAUGGGCAGGCUGUGCAAGGGCUUCACAGACUUCUUUGUAUGACAUAAUGCUUUGCAUAUAUCUUUUUAUUUAUAUAUAUAUAUAUAUAUAUAUAUAUAUAUCAUUUUUAUUAUAUAUUUUUUUUAAAUUCAGCCCUCUGUAUUUAAAAAAUAUGGACUGUGCUGCCUUAUUGGACUGUUGUCUAGAUUGUUGAGUUAAAGUAUUUCUCCGAUUAUCAUUUAAACCUGGACAGUUGAUUGAUGCUGAUUGUUUUUUCAGAAUGUAUUGUAUUGAAGGGCUUUCUACUAAAUGUUUAAGUCUUCCUGAGUCCAACAGCGGUUCAUACAAGCUAUAAGCUGUUUGUGGGGAAAAGAUAAUCAGCAUUAAUUUACUGUAUGAUGUGUUGGUAGAUGGUACUGUCACAAAAGAAUAUAUUUAACUAUAUGUGUGAAGUUAAAGAGUGUCACUAUAAUUCAAAAUCAUUGACAUUUAGAAUGCGUUUUCUCCCACAUUACAUUGUUUGUUUAAUCCAGCCCUAUUGCUAUUUCUUACUGUUUCAGAAUGCAUCAGAAGCCUAUUUUGCUUUUUCAUUGCUUCUGUGUAUUUACAAACCACGCAUUUAAAAAAAACUACACACAAAAUGUGCAUUUUGUUGCAGCUGAUAACCUCUAAGGUAUUAAGACAUUUUAUCUAGUUAACGUGAGCGAAUUAAGUGCACCUUACUAAGGUGCCCGGGAUUCUGAGUGUAUAUUUCCGUAAACCCUCCACUACUCAACCUAGAAGCAGCAUGGCAUGGCAACCCACACUAUGCAUUGCAUGACCUGUAGAAAAUGACCAUUUCUGUCCAAAUACACAGGCAAACAUAUUCUGGUCUUAUAACAAAUUCCAUAUUAUCAGUGUUAAGGCCAGACGUUUGAGAUAUCACUUGAGAUGCAAAAUGUAUAACUUCUCAACUAGUUCUCUUUAAAUUAAGUCUUAUUUAAGGUGUAUUUAAAUAUGUAUGUUUGUUGUUUAUUGUAGUGCGAGUUAGUUAUAAUCUUCAUUAAAAGCGAUAGUGAAUUAUCUGUUGCUUCUGAUUGGCAUAUGUAUUGUUCUUCAUGACUACAGAAUUGCUGUUCUGUUUUAUUUUAAGCAACUUUUUCCUGUUUAACUUCCAGUGUGAUUGUAUUUUCUUAAUAGAAUUCUCUUUCUCUAUUCUGACUAGACCAUAAUUUGCAUGUAUUAGAGUUGGAUUCAGAAAGGGGCUAACAUGUUAAAUAACUAUUUGCUAUAAAAAGUGGUAGUUUAAGGAUGGCAGUAUGCACAACUUGUUUCUGAAUCCUGAAUGCAUCUCUAAAUAGUUAAAAUUCCAAAAUGCAUCUCAGUUUUUCCUAGAGCAGCUCACAAAUGUAUUGCUUUAUAUGGAUAUUUAUAAUGAUUUAAAAGUAAUGCAACCCAGGAAUUCUCAAGUACUCUUACAUAGAAAAUCAUAUGACUGACUUCAAUUAUUUUUCUUGACCAUUUGCACUUCUAUGAACACCUCAGUGUCCUGGUAUCCGUUCUGAUUUUUUGGUCUGUCCAAUAUACCAUUCUCUCUAAUUGUUAUUUUCAGUGGAGCAUUCAAAGAGUCACUUCCCUAAUUUUGUCAAUUUACAUGCUCCAAAAUAAUGGUGUCAUGUUUUUCAUUAACACAGUGUGCCCAGUUUUAUGAGACCUUGUUGGAGGGAGUUUUAAAUUAUUGUUUUCCCGAUAAAUGUAGCAUGCAACAUAAAAUGCUAAUAAUUUGUCAAUAGAGCAGCGAAUUAACCAUCAAUCUGCUUCCUUCUGCCCCAUCAUCAAUAGAGACAAGCUAAAUUGAAGUAAUACCAUAUUUUGGUUGCCGCAAAUGCAUUUCAGAAUAUAUAAAUAUGAUCUAGAAGAAUUUCUUUUUUUGUUUUUUUAGGAAGGGACACCAGUACACCUUACCUAACAUUAUUCCUGUCAACCCCUGGGGAUGAUAUAUUUUAUUUAGGCCAGUGGUGUACCAGGCUGUUUAGCAGGCUAAAGCAAAUUGAUCCUCUCACAUUCCUCCUCACUAUAAGUGCACUGACAGCAUGAUGUUGGCCUGUGUGUAUUAAGUGGAUUUCAGUGCAGAAGCGUAAAAGUGUGCAAAAUUGUCUGUAUCUGUAACAGCUCAAAAUUUUCAAAGAGAUGUAUACAGAUUUGAACUAAAAAGCUCAUAUUUCAUAUUUCACUCCUUAUUGUACUGAAAUAGAAGUUUUAGUUUGCUAUAAAGGAGAUAAAUAAGUCAUAUGAUUAAGCAUACAAACCUAAAAGCAAAAAAAGUGUCAGUAUAUUUUCUAACAAUAAAUUGAAUCCGUUUCCCCCCAAAAUCACAUUACCUUUCAUUAUAUUGUACAUUAUUUUCUGGCACAAGUAACCCCUUUUUAUUCUGUCCCUUUAAAGCAGACAUGUUUGUUGUUUUGUUAAUAUCCAGCUGUACAUAAUUUACUUAAAAUCAUAAAACAGAUGGCUGAUGCCUUUUCCUUGAAGAACAGAUUGUUAAAAUAACAUUUUUCUUUUGGGUCAUUUGUCGCUUGUCUAAAUGUGUCCGUGAACAGUGGCAUAACUAGAUAUUAAUGGGCCCCACAGCAAAUUAUUUUUGGGGCCCCCAAAUUGUCUAGAGGUUGACUUGUUUUGCCAAUAUUGAUUGAAAUUGUAUAUUAAUUAGAGCCUCAUGGGGCCCCCCGGGAAUGAUCAACUAGUAAGCAGAACUGAGACAGAAUUUAGUUAUGGUUUUAUUUUUGUCCUUGUGCAUAUAAAGGUUUCCUUAGACAAUUAACUGAAGAGCUAAGGUAGGAAGGCAUACCAUGAGCUAAUGAUGCAGCAGAUCUCAACCUGUAGAGUAACAUCUGUCACUGCCGUUGACUUGAAUGACAACAUAUGUGUGUGCUGGUAGAUUUCAGCUUGAAGUCCCUCUCUAAUAACAGAGAUAGGUGGUUGACAUUCAAGUCAAGGCACAGCACUGGCAGUGACCAUUGUUUCUCCAAUAGUAUGUCUGAUAUGCCAUUAGCCUUAUUGAGCACACAUCAUUAUAACUAUAUUUGUGAGCAGUAUCUUCUCAGUUUUCUUUGCAGAUAUCGCCUUGAUCCAUAAGUGACAAAUAAACAUCAACUGUAGGGGGCCAUGGAUGCUGUUUCCAUUGUUGACUAUACAGAGUCGAGCCUUAACUCUGCCACGAAAACCAAUAUUGCAAAUCAUUCUUUUCGUGUAAUGAUUGUUAUUUCUGCCCAUGCCUUGCUGUCAGCCUUUUGUAUGAGAGAAGAAAAUCCUACUCGCAUACUGUGACAGGCUUGUUUUUCAGGGCUUUAUUAAUAGUAGCAGGGUGGAAUGAGGACCAACUUUUAUGUGCCUUCAAUUUUAUAUUUUUUUUGGUGAAAUCAGUUUGAUUUUUCAGAAUGGGUGGUGUGCUGAUUUUACUGGAAAUAAACACUGUUGGGAUGCCUUUAUACAAUCUUGAGGCCUGCAACACUUUCCUUUAACUCAUGAUUGAUGUUAACAGAAACAUAACUGAUCUCUCACAGUACAACCUGUACCCUAGGCCCACCUUCUUUACAGGUUAUAGCCAUGUUCUAAAGCUGUGAAACACAAUAAAACAAUCUCCAGCUGUAAAGAAAAAUGGUCUCCUCCAAAGCAUCAGUAGCAUUAGAUACUAUUUCUCUUGGGGUUGUGCAAUUAAAUGCAAUGGUCUACCUCACUACAGACCUGUCACUUUGCUUGCGGCAAGGCUUCCUCUAGUGUGCUGCUUGUCAAUGUGUGCUCAGCUCUGACAGAGAAGAACGUUCCUAUCUAAAUAAAGUGUGUGUCAGAGCUAAGUACUAUACACAGGCAGCACCACAGAUAUGUGGUCCAAAACAAUGCUCUGAGAAAGUGUCAGGACUGCGGUGGGCUAAUUAAAUACAUAUAGAUAAAUAGAUGUGUUGGUAUCACUAAAGAAUGGCCCACCAAUAUUCUUCAGGGCAGAACAUCUGUGUUGAUAUUUGAUUUGAUUUUUUUUCCCAAUUUUUAUUUGUGUAAGUUUUGUUCUUGAGCCCACAGUAACACAAAACGUUUGACCAAGUGCAUUCUCGAACUGUAUCUAGAAUGUCACCUCAUUGCUCUGACCAAAGAUGUCUGUCCUGUUAUUAUGAAGACACUGAUAAUAGUGGCCUUUACAGCUUCUGUUCUUUUCCAACUUCACCUGACCAUAUAAAGAACCAAUUUAAUUGUGAACAAAAUAGUUUCUCUUAUAUAAGCAGACAGAUUGAGGGGCAGUCUGUCAGUACUGUAUUUCCAGAUAUGACUGGCUGGCUUACUUAGCAUUCUCCUUAUUUGAGGUUUCAUUACCAAGAAUGUUCAUCUGACUUUCAAAGAAAAUGCUGUAAAUAUUUGUAACUUUUUUUUUUUUUUUAAAUAAAACAGGCAGAAAAAAAGAUGGUUUUGGGAACAAUUUAAAGUAAAAGUGCUUUUAUAAGAAUAAAACAUCACGUAUUGUAUAUUUUGAUAAGCAACCGUACCAGCUUUUGUUUGUGACAAUGGGGUGGGUGGGCGAAAAGAUUCCAUGUAUGUUACGAUGACUUGUGUUAUAAAAUGAAAAGCGAAGACAAAUAUUAAAAACAUAUUUUCUAACUGCGUAA